GGAAGGAAAGGAAACGAGAACGACAACAGCCGCAGAGAAUGUAAACUUGUUAAUAGUAAAAUGCAGUGGUGCUUAUCCGGGAACCGUUUCGUGCACUAACAACUGCAGAAAUACCGCAUUUUCAUACCGCAUUGUGAAUGUGAAUCAAAAAGUAAAUAACAAAAAAUGUCUUUGGUGCGACCGAUUUCCGUACGGUUCAAAAGUUCUGUUAGUGGUUAGUUUGAAUGUGAGGAAUUUACUAUGUUAACCUGUUUUUGAGAGAUAAGACUGAUCACGCAAGAUGGAGCACCAGCAACUGAUAGAGGAGAUGCCUCAGAUAGAGCGCAUGGCCACCCAAGAGCGACUGAUCCUGGCUCGAAAGAGGCGAAACCAACAACUCAAGGUGUGGCUGCAAAAAGAGAAGGAGUUUAGCAGGGGCAAGAUUACCAGACAACAGAAAUCGAACAAACCGGGAAUAUUUUUCAACGAUAGUGUAGUGCUGCUUGAAGCUGCUGCUAGAAAUGAUAUUGACGAAGUACGGCGACUACUAGCGAAAGGCGUCAGCCCUGAUUCAUGCAACGAAGAUGGUCUGACUGCUCUCCACCAGUGCUGCAUCGAUGACAACGAACCGAUGCUGCAACUACUUAUCCAAUAUGGCGCCAAUGUGAAUGCAACUGAUAGCGAAAAAUGGACACCUUUGCACGCCGCAGCCACUUGCGGACAUUUGCGACUAGUCAAAAUUCUGAUAGCCGAAGGAGCGGACCUAUUAGCAGUUAACGCCGACGGCAACAUGCCCUACGACAUUUGCGAAGAUGAAGCCGCCUUGGAUUACAUAGAAAACGAAAUGGCGAAAAACGGGAUUACGCAGGAGAUCAUAGACACGAAGCGAGGCGAUACAGAAAGGCGGAUGUUGGAAGACCUAAAGAGGGUGUAUGCUUCUGGAGGGGAUUUGGAGUAUUAUGACAGUCAGGGAGCUACGCCGUUGCAUAUAGCAGCCGCGAAUGGCUACAUCUCCGUGGUAGAAUUUUUGUUAGAGUGCGGUGUAAGGACAGAUGUGAGAGACAAGGACGACUGGCAGCCUUCUCAUGCUGCUGCGUGUUGGGGCCACCUAGAAGUUUUGGAAUUGUUGGCGCAUGCUGGGGCAAACUUGAAUGCGAAAAAUAAACACGAUGAAACUCCUUCAGAUAUAUGUGAAGAUCCCGAGAUAAAAGAGAGGAUAUUAGAGCUGCGGACAGAGCAGGAAAUUAAGAGACAAGCGGAAGCGAAACGGAAAGUCAGAAGAUCUCAAAGUAACACUAGAACGCAGUCUGUGAGACGAACUUCAUUGCGUGACAAAGGACUGACGGCACGAAGGGACGCUGUUGAGGAGGCCAGGUUGAGGAUGCAGGCUGAAAGCAAUGGCUUAGAAGCAGCAGAUGCAAAUAGCACUAUAUCAACGAACGCACCUAGGGUUCCAAAUACCAAUGGUACCACCAGUCACGCUGAUCCGAGUUCAAAUGGUCCCAAUAGACCAAAUGACAUCGCCAUUCCCAGUGAUUUAAACGCUGUACAAAUCAUAGAAGAUCGCAGGGCACCCGAAGGAAAAGACCACGACUCCGAUCUUGAUAGCCCUUCACAGGAGAAGACGUAUACUACUGACGUGAACGGCAAGGUAACAGUUCAUGUUGUGGUGACGAUAAACGGGAACGGGACGCUAGCAGAUCUCAAAAAACAACGAAUGCAAAUUAGAAAUAGCAGUAACGACGUGAACAGCAUAACGCCGCCAGUUGGAAGCAUCUCAGAAAAUGAUUCCACGCUCAGUCCUACCACGGACAUAGUCAGAUUCACGGGAAAUAUGACCGAAGAGAACUACGAAUACUCAAAGCCGAAACGAUGCUGCGUCAUACAGUGAAAAUUUUUAUUUUUAAGUGUAGAAAUAAAAGGUUGUAAAGAAUUUACACGGUUGCACAGAAUAGUACAUUACACCGCUAGUUUGAGAAGGAUAUAAUAUGCGAGACCAAUAAUGGUAUUCUCAAACGAGGUAUGUAUAGGAAUUUUUUUCACUACUAACACAAAAUAUUCGAUCUAACAUCAGAAUCAUGACGUCUCCAAUUCGUUCUACAAAUGCUUCACAAUAUCUAGUUACCUGUAUCAAACUGACAAACUCAUAUUCAAUGUAACUGCAGCCGACUUGGUUUAGACUGAUCUAUCUAAGGGGAGUAAGGGACAAAUGUUUUGUUUUUGUCAACAUUAAAUCCCGUUUUACAUUAUGUCGAUUAUUGGGACAUUCCCUAAUAGCACAAAGACGUUCCCGGAACGACCCCGUGCGACCUGGGAGAUGUUCCUGGUAGGUCACCUAAAGUCGCAUGGGACGUACCUGGAACUAAUUAAUUUUCAGGGAGGCUGCCGCUGGUCGCUAAUGAAAUGAGGCUGCUUCUCAUACAUUUAUAACAUGAGCCUAGCUUGUCACAAUUCCCAUUUUCUUCUCAGCUGUUCUAGCAGAUAAAAACAAGCUAUAACACUAAUAAGAGCAUCUGAUAAGGGCAGGCUUAUGCAUUAAAAAUCGACAGGAAUCAAGAGAGCCGUGAAACAAAAUUAUGCUUACCUUGAAUUAGAGUGAAUUUGCACAAUUUACAAAAUUCGACACAACAACAGAAACAAGCCAAAAAGUUGCAAGUUCUGAAGAAAAAUGGCAUAGGGCGUAUCUCACAUUUCACUUUCUACGCAUAUAUGUAUGUACUUCUGCGCAUUUUUCGCGGGCAUCUCCUGUACAUGGCAGAUUUAGAAAUUGAAAAUAUUUCGACUAGUCUCAAAUUAAGUAUUGGAAUUUCCUUGCUGUACGAAAUUCAAAUCAUACUAAGCAGUGAUUAUAAAAAAUUACCCCUGAAAAAUGGCAAUGAUUGGUUUGGGCUUAGGCUCUGUUGGACAUAUGGUCAAAAAGAAGUACAUGUACGUUUUUAAAAUGCAUUUUACAGCAAAAAAAUGGUACUCCUAUAUUAUUGAAAAAAAAACAUGACUAGUGCUGCGGAGUUAUAAUAGGAGCUGUUGAGCUUUUGGUCUCCCUUUUCUUGAUGUCAUCAGUGGCGACAAACUAUAAUUACAUGAUAGGUCGUUUUAAAACAAAAUAUUAUUCGCCUAAAUUUCUAGCUUUGACAGCUGCGAACUCAGAAAUAACUUCAUCAAAAUUUAUAUUUUGUAUUGCCUCGUGUUCGAUGGCUAAUAUACAUACCAAGAUUGCUAAGCCGCGAUUGGGUCAUUGUUGCCUGCAAGUUUUUUUAUUAAUUUUAGCUUACUUAAACACCUUUCACAUAAAGCUACGGACACGCAAACCGUUAUGAACAAUUUUACUGCAUUCAUAAGAUUUGGAAGAGAUUCUGUAAAAUCCCAUUCUGCAAUAAACUUAAAAAAUCUAGAGAUACCCGAUCAGAAACUCUAACAUUAGCGGCUUUUAAGUGUCUUCGCAGUCUUGGUAUCUCCAAAAGUAAUUCAGUUUCUGAAACCUCAUCAUAAAAAUCAGUAAAUUUGGAUGUAGCUAAUUUCAGUUCUUCAGUAUUCGCCAAACGCAAGGCAUUUGUUUGUACGAUCUCAAACGAUGGUCUUGAAGAGACUCUUGUCUGGAGUUCAACUCUGAAAAAGUUCAGUCACCGGGUGGGCAUCACCCCAAAAAAGCCAAGGAUGUCCUUGGGAUCAACAGAUUGAAACGUUCCAAGAACGACUUCAACGAUACGUUCUAAGGACGUCCCAUUGGGUUACGGGACCUACCGACCAAGAUUAGACCUAAAUCGGACGUUCUAGGAACCAGUUGUGCUAUUAAGGUUCAAGAAGAAUGACUACUUAAAUGAGGAGCUAUACUCAAAAUUACUUAUUUCUCAUUUGUCCUAAAAUAUUUCUACAUAUAAAGUUCAUUUGUCAAACUGACACAAUGAAAUUGACACUAUAUAAUUUCAAAUGUGACUUCUCGGGUUAGUAGUAGUGAAAAAAAUGUUUUUUCUAGCACAAAAAACAUUAGAUUGCAGUUAAUGCCAUAAGUUCUUGCUUGCCAGAUUUUGACUUGUACAAAUAUAUCCAAAAAUGGCAACAUGGAACUUUUGUUGUCAGUACCGAUUGAAAAUAGUUUCUAACAUUUUGAAUUCCAGAAUGUUUUUGGUGACUGGAAUAUGUGAUCUUGGAUGUUCCAAUAAUGGCUUAUUUUUCAGAAAGUGAAACAGAGAUUUCUACUCUAUAUCGCAGUGUUUUUGUGGCGUGUAAGUACUAUUCUUACAUCUGUCAACAUUAAAAAAAAAUGUUUCAUACACCAUUCUAUCUACGCCCCAUUCAAGUGAGAAUUCAAAAUAGAUAUAUAUGUUCCAUUAGUGUAUCACAAAAUUUGUUAGAAGUUUCCAAAUAAUGUGAAUGUUAUCGAGAGUACUUUUAUCUGAUCUUGUUUAGCUCCUUUAGCCAAUAGGUGGGUUGCACGAGAGAUGCGAGCUGCCAAACAUUUGUAGUUGUUCUAUUCAAUCCCCCUAGAAAAAUGUUGCUAUUUCUAAUGUCUUCCUUUACUAGACCAUCUCAGCUGAUCAGAUCAUUAAGACGAACAGUUUCACAGAAACAUGAAUAUUUCAGUGUAAAUAAUAUUUGGUCGUUCUUGUGGCAGCGUCGUCACCUUUCUGUUUGUUGACAAGCACCAGCAUCAUAAAGGUAUGCCGGGCUGUAGCUUCAGAGGUGGCUCUCACGGAUCCUCUGCAACCCACAAAUACCUAUGUGUUCUUGAGACUAGACAGUGGUAUGUUAAUACUUUAAAUAGUGAUUAGUUUAGAUUGCUAUCACAGUACUUAAUAUUUAAGAACUAGAUGAAAUAUCGUGAGAAAUACACCUUUCUGCAAGGUUAGUGAAUAUCAAAAUUUUAGAAAGACGUUAUUCAAGACUGUUCUUAAUUAGAAAAUAUAUUUUACAGAAAUAUAUUUAUACACCAAAAUGGAUGUUAAAUGUCAUAUCGUCCCCACUCGGAAUUUAGUGAACCUGCCGCUAGUACAACAGUGGCUAAAAUACAGAACAUGUAGUGUAGGUCUAAGAAAAUAUAUAGAGUGAGCUUUUAGUGUUAUUCUAGAUGGCCCCUAUAAAAGUUGAAUACAAAAAUUGUAGCCGUCAGGAUGCUCCUGAUAUGGAAAAUAUUUUCACUUUUACAGCGUGGUUCGUAACUGUGUGGUGACCCAUACAUUUUUUAAAUGGUAAGCCCCACCCUUGAUUGCAGAUUUGGCUAGGCACUCCCAAACGAAACAAUUUGAUUUGGUAUACUUCUAGGCUUUUAUCGCAUUAAAUGCUAAUGUUGACAACUCGCACCUCCGCAAUUGUUAUAGCUAAAGUAUUGAAUUUUUCUUCAGACAAAUUUUAUUAUCUUUUGUUCUAUGUACUUACUUUUUCAGUUUUUUUAAUAGUUUAUACAGUGUGUUCAAGAAGGAAAAAUGACCUAUUUCUCAAAAUUUUGAAAUAAAACACCCUGAAUAUUUUCACAUUUUUGAUUCCCCUUCUCACAGGCUUUUCUCUGAUAUAAGGCCAUAAAGAAUGGGCUUUGUACAAUGAGAUUUUCAGAUACUAAAACGCAGGGACACAUUCUUGACUUUUCGACUUUAUAAAGCUGGGUAGAUUUAAUUCAUAAUGGAUAUAUAGCGUUUCUAAUGACCUGAUGAUACCAAACUUGAUGCUAUUUUUUAUUUUGAAAGGUAUUGUCUUGAUAUCUGUUUUACAAUAAGGUUAGCUGUAACUCAAAAACUAGUUGUACAAAUCCCCAUAAACCUGAUACCAAAGAAAGCUUGUAGAAAUGGGAAUCGAGAAAUGUGAAAUUUUCAAAAUACCGAAAAACUAAGAAAAUAUGAAUAAAUAAUAUGGCAUCAUAAAAACUCAGUACUCUAGCUACAAUAGUUGCAGAGGUGCGAAUUCUUAAAGUUGGGUGUUUUUUUUUCGAUAUGUCAACGAAGCCCUAUUUAUAUCCAAACCAUUUUCAACUAGCAUAACACAAAAUUGAUCUUGAAAACAACAACGAAACACACUACUUCUGUAUUCUGGCUACUCUUGUACUUUACUCUACGAGUAUUAUAUUGACACUAUGGUGACUGAUAAUAGGAGGGCACAGUUACGCUCUAAGUUGAAUUUUUCCCACACCUGCUCUACUAGUUGUGGAGUGCUGCAUCUGAAAAAUAAUUCUCCCAAAAGAAUUUAGAGCAUGUACGAUUGUACAAAUUGUAUUUCGGGCGUGAUCUCACCAAACACUGUGACUUCCUAUUACAGCAUUCAUGGUUUGCAAGUCUUAGCGCUUAGAGGUAAUCAGUUUCAAACAGUAUUUUGCAUGCAGUCUCUUAGUUGCAUGUUACUGUAUUUAUAUUACUUAUAUUCCUAAAUAUACCCUAAUUCUAUACGUAGCAAUUGAUUAGCUUAUUUAAAAACUACUUCCUGUAUCAUCGCUAGAAUUUUAAAUGAGAAUUUGAUUUUUUUGUAAAACUGAAAUUUAUUUUGUGUUGAGAUGAUACUGUUUUGUAAGAUUCAUAUUUUUUAAUUAAGUUCAUAUUUAAGAAUUUUUAAAUAAUAUAUUGUUCAGUUCCUUGUACAAUGCAUAUUUUUAGGAGUAUUUUACUACUUGUUGUUCGUACUUAGAAUUUGUAACUCAUUAUGCAUAAACUCCUCCUAGAAAUAUGAUCACUUGUGACUUUUUUAUUUUAAGUGUAUAUGUAGUUUUGUUAUUAAAUUCAGUAUUACCUUUCCAGCGUUUUGUACAUAAAUCUAGUUUUUUGAAAACGUAUUUAGUUUAAUAAAAAUGUGAUAUUUUCCAUUAUUCCCUGGUAAUACUUCUUUUAAGUUCAUUUUCCAGUAGUUGUUUGGAAGUACAUAAUUUUUUGUUUUUAGUAUCUCAUACAUUCCAAGAUGUGAUAAAAAUUUUACUUAAAAUUUUGGCAAAUUUUAAAUAUAUUACAAGUACCUUAAACUUACAUGUACAUAAAUCUUAUGAUAAACUAUCUGCUACUAGCAUUUAACGAAAAGUGAGCAAAUUCAAUAAAUUGUGUGCCUGAAUCAAGCAAUAAGAUACACUUGUAAAACAUUGUUGAAUUUGUAAAACUUUAAAAAAUAUAUCUAAAAGUUCCACCUCACACCCCUUUUUGAUACUGACAUUUCAUUCCCUUGCAAAUGUUUCACCUGGAUUACAAAUGUAGUUAACCUUGUUCAAGAUUUUAUCAAUAUACAAAUCAAUAUUAAGUGACCUUUACAAAUGUGUAACUCCUGAAACUUAUUCUGUGGUUUUCAUGUUCAUAGGACUACAAUGUCUGGCGGAAGCAAACCACAUAUACGUUUAAAUUUCUCUUUAUUAUAACGAUGGCUUCAAAAAUAAAUGAACUGUUACUUGUAAGAGAGAUAAACAAAAUAUACUGUCAUUAUUGUUAUGGUAUUUAAAAAGGCCACCGUCGUACAAUAAACAGGAAUUUAAACAUAUUUGAGGUUUGAUUUGGCCAUACAGUGGAGUCCGUUACAAAUGUCUCUAGAAUUAUGUACCUUAUGUAUUUAUUUAUUAUUUUCGUACAUUUAUUGAGUUGAAAAAAUAAAUCUCUAUUACUGAACA